CAGUUACGUAUCUAGAGAGAUGAGGAUAGUUACGUUUGGAAGGUUUAUCUUCAUGUUGAUGGUGCAUUUUCUGAAGUCAUCCUUACCGGGAUUUAGCUUGAUAUGGCUGAUAAGAGAUUUAUAAUCCUUCUAGAAGUGAAAGACUACAUGUUCUUUCAUCAGGGAUUUGGGUUGAUGACACUUGAGUGUUCUUCUAAGUAUCUGACUCUCAUAUAUCUGGACACUGUGAAGACAUGGUUGGGCGAUCUUGAUUUUUUUUGUUGAGAAAUUUGACAAACUUUGUUUGACAGUAGUGUAGUAAAAAAUCGUGAUUGUUUUGUUCCUUUUAUCUUAGUGUCUUACUUUUUCUGACGAAACUUAAAGUGUGCUUGUCAAAGAUUCAGGCAAUCAUCCUUCCCAUUACCACAUUCUCUGUCUGUUAAUGCUUGAUGCAUGGUGCAUCUAACCUAUCACAAGAAUGCCUAGCUUCGUCGAAAUAUCUCCUUCAUAUAUGUCACUCCAGCACUGAUGCACAAGUCUUGAAGCAUUUUUGGUAAAUCAAGAUUGUAAUGACACACUGCCUUGAAUUUUGGAUAUUCCACAAGCAGUUUGUCAUCCUUAGCGAUUGUUAAUAUACUUCGACAACAUUUUAGCCAUGAUGGCUGCUAUUUUGCAUAAUGGAUUAAUGUUACUUCCUCCGUCCAACAAAGGAUGUCUUAACUUUGACUAAAUUUGUAUGCAUCUAUAGACAUCUUUUGUUGGACGGAGGGAGUAUUAGAUUUGACUUGGAAUGUUUAUUUAUAGAUGAUAUAUGUUAUGGGAUUCGUUGUAUUUUAUCUUUCCAUGUCAACACUCCUAAUAAACUCUUGCAUAUCUGGACAUAUAGCCGAUAAAUAACUAGGGCACUCCCAAUGCAUUGCAUCUUAAGUAUUAAAGAAGUGUUCAGAUACAAUUCUACCAAACUAUUGUAUCCUAGUAUUGUAUCUCAAGGAGCAUUCAUUUAUUAGUUUUGGGAACAGUAUUUGCAUUUCAACAUUGUGGCCUAUUUGUGGCAUAAACCUGAUUCAUGUUUUUCUGACACAUGCAAAGUGGAUACAUGAACUUUUUAACGGUUUCAUGUAACAAGUGCCAAUAAAACAUAUCAAAAUAUUUUUAGCGGCCUUUGCAUCCCCAUCCAUGACACUUGUGUCGGCUAACAUCAAUCAUUUUUGUUUAUUUUGAAACUACAAGGAUCAAUCAAUUUUUUUUGAAUUAGAGAGAAGCCCGCUACAUGCCUACAGAAGUAGUUAACUGAAUAAUACAGCACCCACAUCCAUCGAUACUAGGCACUGGGGCACUGGGCAACAAGAAAUGAAAAAUCCCAUCACUUAUCUUUAGCCAGGCCUAUCCAGGACACGAGAGGCACUGAGCCCAAUCUUUGGUCCUGAGCCCAAUCUCUCUCUCUCUCUCUCAAAUCCAAUCCAAUCCAGCAAGAGAGCCAUCAUCACAAUCUACAACCUGGGAUUCAUCAAGUAGCAGCGGUGAGGCUGAGUUCUUGGCAUCUGAAGGGGAGGGACUUCUUCAACAGCAGUGGUGACUUUGUCAGGUAGAGAGCAGAUGGUUAUGGUGUUCGAGUACUCCAGUUGCGAGAUGGGCGACGGCGCGGGAGAUUCCUGUCGGUCGUGGUGAAAAACGUGGCAGAGCGGACUCCUCACAGCCCAUCUGCGGUUCUGGGUGCGCCAUCCUGGACCUAGCAAAUGGGGCAUGGAAACGGAGAGGCAGCGAGAAGGGCAUUGGAGAAGUGAGAGCCGCAUAAAUGACAAGGGGAUUGAGAGAAUGCUCAUGGGAUCGAAGGCGACAGCAGCGGCUUGGGAAGAGGAGGAGAGGACAGCGGCGGUUGGGGCGAGGAAGAGAUGGUGGAGGCGGCCGAUGGAAGGCAUUGGGUGAUGGCAUCAACUUGGAUUGAAGGAGACUGUUUUUACGAGGAAAGGUGGCCGGGAGAGAAAUUUUCUGCAUGAUGCGCGGGAUCAGGGCCUUGAGAAGUAUGUUAUGACAAAGCUGUUUAAUCGGGUAUUUGCUUCUGUCCCGGAAGACGUGAAGAGUGACGAAGAACUUUUUGAGAAGAUGUCUUUGCUGCAGCAGUUUGUACGGCCUGAAAACUUGGAUAUAAAACCAGAAUAUCAGAAUGAAACAUCAUGGCUGCUUGCGCAGAAGGAGCUACAGAAGAUAAAUAUGUAUAAGGCUCCAAGGGAUAAGCUUGCUUGCAUCCUGAACUGUUGUAAAGUCAUCAAUAACUUACUUAUGAAUGCUUCUCAUAUGUCAAAUGAUAACGCCCCUGGAGCUGAUGAAUUCCUUCCAGUCCUCAUCUAUGUCACCUUAAAGGCUAAUCCUCCACAGUUACACUCAAAUCUGUUAUAUAUACAACGAUAUAGGAGCCAAUCACGACUGGUGUCAGAGGCUCAAUAUUUUUUUACAAAUAUCCUAUCUGCUGAGUCUUUCAUCUGGAACAUAGAUGCGGAAUCAUUAUCCAUGGAUGAACGCGAUUUCCAAAAGAAGAUGGAUUUGGCAAGGGAACGGUUACUAGGGUUAUCAGUUAGCUCAGAAAACCAGGAUAAUCAUACCAAUCUUGAUGUGCGGGAGCAUAGAUCACAAAUACUGAAAGCUAGUGGGAAUUCUGAUGUUCACAUAUAUUUGAAAGAUCAUGUCCAAGGCCCAGGUCAUGACAUUAAAAGGGUAAGUGACGUGAGCAGUAAACCAGUUGAGCGGGUGCAAUCUAUCUCUGAUUUAGAUAAGAAAGGUCAAUCUAUCUCUGAUUUAGAGAAGAAAGGAGCCACAGAGCUUCUCAAGGAUGAUGACUUGAGCAAAAUAUUCCAGGAAUACCCAUUCCUAUUUGCCCGUGCUGGUGAUCUGACAGUUGCUGAUGUAGGGAGCCUGUUAAACUCUUACAAGCAAUUAGUGCUUAGGUACGUAGCACUUUCUCAAGGAAUGGGUGUCAAUCCUGAAGUCCCUCUCGUUCAGAGCAUGCACACUGCAUCUGAUGUUCUCGCGUCCGAGGAGCCUGAGAACGUGAGUAAUGUGGUAAAUAAUAGUGAGAUCAGUGAAGGAAGCAGCAAAACUUGUGAUGACAUUAAAAAUGUAAAUCUUGAUCCAGAAGUAGGCAACGUUAGUACUCAACAGACUGCUGUUGAUCCAAGGGAUGAUCAGAAGACACUGAAAGCUGAAGCAUCAGACAAGUCAGAGCAUGAAUGAACCCUAUCAAGUCUGGUUGAGCCGGCAAAUUACAAGGAAAACAUUGCCUUCUGCAGUUCAUUCUAUACAAAUAUAUUGAAAACUGACUUCGGUCGCAAAACAGGAUGCAUAUAUCCCUGAGCAGAUACUGCUGCGGCCCUUGAAGCCACAAAUGUACAUGCUGGAAACUAGAAUGCAGAUAUUCAGUACUGAGGAAGAUGAAAGUUCAUUCUGCUGUAGCUAGAUCCAGAUCCAAACGUUUGUUCAUUGAUACUAGGUUCUUGUCUUUGUUGUAAGUUUUAUUUUGCGGUGAACGCCCAUUUUUGUAAACUGUUACUAGUAGUAUCUUACUAGAAAUUCCAUAGGCGAGGCUAGUAUUCUCGCCAAUAUUUAGAGGAAAACAGAAUGCGUGUUUGUUGUAUGAGGCUAUGAGCCAAUUGAGCAGGGAUGCAAAAGGGAUUUCACAUAUAUCCCAAGUUCAAACUCUAAAUCUUCA